UAUGAGUUGCCUGAGUAGUGUCAUCUUGAAAACUAUGAGAUACAACUUUCUGUGCUUUUAGUUUAAAUAUAUUAACGCUGUUUAUUUAAAGCAGCGACUAUUCAAUAUGCUUCCCGAUGAUGGAAAAUAAACGUUUGUUUUCGUGCACAGUGUUUUUUACCACCUUCGGAUUUUGUUCAAACUUUAUCUCAUUUGUAUCACCUUACUGGAUUCAAUCAGUUCCAGAGGCUAACAGCCAGUUCCAGAGAAUAGGUCUUUGGACUGUUUGUUUUGAUGGUUAUAUGCGACCGGCGUUGUACGACAAGGCAUAUUUCGGAUGCUACUAUAUUUAUUAUGUGAUCUAUGACCGUAUAAGAGAUUGGUUAAAUCCAAUAUGGUUAUAUACAAUACAAGUUACUUCAUCAUGUGGAGUUUUGGUACAUUUUUUGGUAACGUUUAUAGUCCUGUGUCAAGUAACCGGUGCGAUUUCUAAAUCUGACCUCAAAAGUCUAAAAUUUAUCGCGUCAGGUCAUUUCUUCACAAGUUUAACAUUAGCUGCUGCUUUAGUGGCUUUUGCUGUAGCUAGAUAUGAUAGUCGUUGGAUGCCUUAUCCUGAAUUAAAUACAUUAUCAUGGGCUUAUGCUGUUGGAGUUUUAAGUUUUAUUUGUACAUUUAUUAGUUUUACAAUAAGUUUUAUUACUUAUAUGAAAUUAAAUGAUUUAAUUAAUCAACAAAAAACAAAUGAAACAUUACUUAAUGAUGAAGAGAAAAUGGGUAUUAGUUCACCACCUUUAGUACCACAUAAUUCUAUAUUAAAUGAACAAAAUUAUUAUACAGAACCACGUUAUAUGUCUGAUUUACCACAAUCUGCAUUAAGUUAUGUAGAUAGUUCAAAUAAAAAUUGGAAUAUAAAAAAUUCUGAAAUUACAUAUAAUUUAAAUAAACAAAAUAAUAAUGAAAAUGAUAAUAAUAAUAAUAAUAAUGAUGAUGAUGAUUUUGAUAAUCCGACUAAUUCACGUUUUAAUACUUUAUCUUAUUUAAAUAAUCCAAAAAUAUAAAAAAUAAAUAUUUAGCUAAUUAUUUCAUUGGUUAUUAUGCUAACAAAAACGUUUUAUUGAUUUAUAUCUAAAUAUUUCUAUCAAUUUUUUAUUGAUGUUGAUCCAUUUUUUUUAUAAAAAAAAAAAGGUGAAUGGAUCAAAGUACAUUUUAUAAUAAUAAAAAAAUUCAAAUAUAUAAAUAAAUAUUUAAGUUUGUACUCAUUUUAAAUGAUCUCAGUUCUUUUUUUUUUAAAAAAAAGAAAGUAAAUUCAUUUAAAU